AUGAGUGACAGGCUGGUAAGUGAUUUGCAUGGCUCCGGUGCUUAAAAGCGGCUGCAGGUGCAGGAUUCUCCACAGAGAUGAAUGGAUUUCCAUGUGAGCUCUGAUGCCUUGUGACUGUUUACCUCUUUUGCUAUUGAGUACAUAUGACUCUUACACAGGAGGAAAUCCAUUUUGAUGAUUUUCACCAGAGAUUGUGGACAUUUUACACUCACUGGAUCCAUAUGUUGAAGUUUGUUGGAGUGGACUAUUCUUAGACAACAGGGAGUGACACGUAGAGAUACACCUGAUAUGGAGACAGUGAUACCCACCAACAACUGAACCAUGUCAUCGCUUACACUUGUGCAACUCCUUCUCCUGGGGUUACAGGUCAUCGACGCAACUGCAAACUCUCUGAGAUACUGUACAGACUUGGUGCCUCUGGACCUGCUGUCCUUUGUCCUGGAGAAGGACACCUCUAAACUCCUGCCAGGGGUCCAUAUUAGGCAAUCUGGAGGGGUGAGGGGCAUCCAUUUCUCGAGCCCCCAUGCGUCCAUGAGUUUCCCGUCCUCUGAGCUGCUGGCAAACUGCGACAUCUUCCCCAAAGAAUUCUCCAUUGUUGUGACACUUGCAGCAGCUCAUGUUGCCUCCACGAGGAAUGACUACAUCUUCACAUUGAUGGAGUCUAAAAAAUCAGGCAGAAGAGGGCUGGGAGAGGAGAGUCACAAGCGUAACGUUUUAAGGGAUAAAGAGAGGGGUAACAGCAGAGAAGAGCAACAGGAAGAGAAGGAGAGACGUUCCACAGCUGCAGAGGAACAUGGACGAAUCAUACUCGGACUGAGGUUCUCUAGAAACCGCCUGCACUUCCUUUUUAAAGGUCAUGCAGGGGUUGUAGAGCACUGGGUGUUUCGAGGCACAGGACUGACUGAUAACCGGUGGCACACACUGGUUUUAGCUGUUAACAGUCGUCAUGUGAGGCUCACAGUUGACUGCAACGCACCAAUGGAAAUUGUUCCCUCCAGGCCUUUCCCCUCAGAGCUCAACAUUCAGGGAUCCAGAUUCCACAUUGGCAGUCGUGGCAGAUGGAAAGGCCUUUUCUCAGGUCUGCUGCGACAGUUGGUUCUGGUUCCAGGUUCAGAUGCCACUGGGCACAUCUGCCCGUCGUCCGAACCACAGCUAACGGCUCUGUCAGUGCCACCACUUCUCCUAGACCUGCCUAUCACGGGGAGAAAGAACAAUGAUGGACCCACUUCAUAUGAACGGCAAGUGUCAGUGGGUUUGGACCGAUCCUGUACACCUCUGUUAGAAGGCCAGCUGUGGUUCAACCCACUCAGGAAAGGUCUGUACCUGUGUGACGGUUCAGAAUGGAUCACCGUGCUGCAAGAUCGUCAACGACUGGAUUAUGUGUUGGAGCAUCAGGUCCUCACCACCAGCUCAGAGACACAUGAUGUAGAGGUGUUCCAGGUACCUGGUGUUGGUACAAUGGCAGCUAUGGCUCAUCGCUCCUCUGUGUCGGGCUCUGCUGUGUAUCUGUGGACACCCACAGGUUUCCAACUCUACCAGAAUGUCAGCACCUUUGGAGCUCUAUCCUGGAGACAUUUCAACAUGGGCAAAAAGACAUUUCUGGUUGUUUCUAAUUUUGGGGGAGGUCCAGACAAACAUGCUAACAAAGAGCCUGAGGCGGACUUCUCUGUGAUUUACAAGUGGAGCAAAAGGAGAAAACGAUUUGUGGCGUUUCAGACACUGCAGACCCACUGUGCACGGGACUGGGAGGCCUUUAACAUCAAUCAACAAACCUACCUUGCUGUGGCCAAUCAUAGAUUAGGAAAUAAUAAUCACACUAUAGAUAGUGUGAUUUACACGUGGAACAGGUUAACAAAGUCUUUUGAGGUUCAUCAGAAGCUUCCAACCUCAGGAGCCUACGACUGGGAGUUCUUCACUGUUGGACCGUACCAUUUCCUAGUGGUUGCAAAUGCCUUUGACGGGGUGACUACUGCAGUUGACUCUGUCAUCUAUGUGUGGAUCAACGGAAGCUUCCAGGUGUUCCAGACAAUUAAGACGUUCUGUGCUACAGACUGGGAGAUGUUUCAGAUUGGCAGCAGAGUCUUCUUGGUUGUUGCCAAUGGUCACAGACUCUAUGGAACUGGACCGAGUCGAUAUGCAAUCAACUCCACUAUCUAUGAACUGGACGUCAUUGGACGCAUAUUUGUGCGCUUCCAGGAUAUUGUCACCUACAGUGCAGUGGACUGGGAGUUCUUUAGCCUCGGGGAAGAAUAUUUUCUGGUUGUAGCUAAUUCCUUUAAUGGAGAAUCCUACUCUCUGAACAGCAUUCUCUACAGGUGGCAGGGAUAUGAAGGGUUUGUUCCUGUUCACUGGCUCCCAACUAUCGGGUGUAGUGAUUGGGAGUUUUUCACCUCAAAAGGAGAAUCGUAUCUGAUCUACUCUAGUGCCAAAGCACCUCUCUCCAAAGUUUUCAAGCUAAAGACCUAUUAGGCCCAAAGAGUGCCUGUGUGUAUGUGUACUGUAUCUCUGUGAGUAAGAAAUGUCAUAUUUGUAUUUUGUCUGAAUGUCCCUGUGUGAGACACUAAUUGCAAUAAUGUUUAAAAUAUGUUUUUAAUGGAUUUAGAAGCCUGUGUCUAUCAAUAACUUUAGCAUCAGUGUCACAGAAAGUCAGGGCUGUUGAACCACAAUGAAUAUGGAUACCCCUUGUCCACCAGGGAACUUCAUCAGAGCUGGUUUGAAACCGAUGUCUAAUCUUGAGUUGAAAGCUGAAAAAAUGUCUCUAAGCAAAACUGGUUCCAGAAUAGAAGACUUUUCUGGUUUACAACCAAGAACCACUUACAUCUGACACUGGAGACAUGAUUAUUCUGACCAUCAUCAAAAAUGAAAUGAACCAGUUCUAAGUGAAUCUUAGUAUCGGCUCAGAUUGAGCAUGUUGGUGGAAAAGAGCGUCUGAGGUGAUGUCCUUAGCCCUGUUUCUGUAAAACUGGUAGUUUUUUCAAUCUAAAGGAGAGUUUACAUAUCAACAUUUUCAAAGAAAUUAUAUUGUGGGUUUUGAAUGAGAUGCUAUGACUUUCAGUUUGACAGCCUGUUGGUUUUAAACAAUGAAAAUGGGAUGAAUCUUCAUGAUGAUAUCCUUUGAGUAUGAAGAAAAUGUUCAAACAGCAUUUAGACCUUUAUAAGGAGAUAAAUGAAUGUAUAAUUUUUUAUGAGUUCUCUGUCAUUUGCCACAAAAAAAACCUUAGACCCAGUUCAUGGCAAAACAUCAGACGUCAGUACUAGGCUAUCAACUGAUUUACCUCAUUUUUAACGCUUUAUAUGUGCAAGGUUUAUAAGCAAAGUUGUCUUGAAAAGCAAAUCAUUAUUAUUUUAUUCAUUGAUUAAUCUACAGAUCAUUUUCUUGAUUUGUCAGUUAGUUGUCUAUACAUUAUCAGAUAAUGGUGAAAUAUCUGAAUCAGUUUUUCCUAAAGCUUAAAAUCCUCUAACGUCUUUUUGGUCCAGAACUGAAAGAUAUUUACUGUUGUAAAGACAGAAAGAAUCCAGAAAAUAUUAAUAACUGAGAUGUAGUAAGAGAACGUGGAUUUUUUUUUUUUUUUUUUUUUGGUUAAACAUUUAACAAAAAUUCAAAAAGGAGAUGAUUUAAUUUAAUAGUCGACAGCUAAUUGUUGUAUUGAUGAAUCAUUGCUAUUUCGUCCAAAUGUCUUCGAGUUUGUUGUCAGAGAGAAAUGAAUCGGCUGCGACUCAAGACAGCCCAACUUUAUGUACAGAC